AUGAAGAUUUCAAAGAUAUUCUAUUUAUUCAAUAUUUUAUUUGCUAUCAACUUACUGGCGCCAUGUUUCUGCUUUGUGAAUGAUCAAAUUUUAAAAGAGGAAAUGGAUAUGAUUGAUACAUCUAUAAAGAAAAAAGAAAAGAAAAAAAAAAUUAUAAUUGCUUCUAUAGCUACAGUAGCAGCUGUUCUUAUAGCAGCUGGUUUAAUAGGAGGAGGAUUAUAUUUGAACAGAGAUAAAUUUAAAUCCGUAUGGAAGAACCCUCAAUUAGGAAAUGUUUCUAGCGAUAUUUUUUUUAGAAGUUCAGAAAAAUUAGAAGAAGAUGUAAAAAAACGUAUUAAUAAAGGAGAAAAAAAUUUAGAUAAAAUAUUUACAAAAAAAUAUAUUAAGAGUGUUAUAGAUAAUGAAAUUCAAGAAAGUGGACACAAAUUUUCUGGAAUUCAGAAAAGGGAGUUGUAUGUAUUUAUUCCUCAUUUAAAAUUUUUGAUAGAUGAUUUAGUGAAAAAAGAAUCAGAAAAAAAAAAUCCUAGUUCUAAUUAG